UUCCGCUUCUUUUUUAUGUACAGAAGAACGGUAUCGUUGUAGUGUUAGUGAUUGCUCGGUUUCACGACUGCGGACUGCAGCGUGGAUAGGUGGAUUUUGAUGCGGGAGCACGUCUUUCCAUCAACAUGGCCGUUCAGUGUCCAAGAAUACAUACGUUUUGAUGCUAUUAAUCAACGAGGUCAAUUUCGUGAAACUUUUGGGAAACAUUUGUACAAUUACACGUCCAGGCAAACAGAAUGUCUAGUUCAUACGUCAUUGAGCCCCAGGAAAGCAAUUCUGAGAAAAAGGAUGAUACAUUAAUCAUUGUUGUCAAUGAUGAUGGGAUAAUAUCUGUUGAUCAAGCAACUCUACAAAACUUGAUAAUGAAUCAAUCAAGUGCUAAUGUUAGUGUAGUAAGAUUAGGACAGGCCGAUACAGAUACUGAAAAUGGAGAUAUAACCUUGACAGUAGAUCCACCGACAUUUGCUCAUUCUACAGCAAGCUCGGUAAGCACGAAUGUCAAUACCGAUCCAGGUGGAUUGGUAGAUCCUUUUAUGGAGAUGGAUCCAGAACAGUUGGAAAGAUUAGAAACAGCUCUGCAAAGUGAAGAGGCAAAGCAGAUCCUUGGAGAAAAUGUCACUGCGAUGCUUGAUAUGUUAUCAAUAGAAGAGUUACAAAAUACGAUGCGAUAUAAUAUACAGCUGGACCAUUGUUAUACAAGCAGAUUGUCACCUAGCGAUCCAGUGCCAAGGGAUCCUUUACCAAUUAUUGAUGAUUUAUCUGAACCCAAUGAUAUACAAUAUAUACAUCAAUCAUCCUCUCGAACUAUUGUUAUGUCACCACCCAUUAAUGACAUGGACAAUGUUGUGGUUAAGAAUACUGCAAAGAAUAUAAAUAUAUUACAAAGCAAACAGAUGAAUAGAUCCGUACGUAAAACAGUUGUAUCUACACUACCAAAUACAACUGGACCUUCUAGAGCCAAUACAAGCAUUAUUGGGACUCCUAAAUUGUCAGGGCAUUCAAUGUCGAGAAGUAUAACAAAUACUCAACAAGGAAUAACUAAAUUACAAGUCAAAAAUAACAAGGAAGAAGAAGAAAAUGAUAUCACAGAAUCGUCUACCGAAUCUUCGGAAUCAGAACCAUCUGAUAAUGAUAACGAUUCAGAUUUUGGCCUUCGUAAGAGAAAUAAUGCUAGAGCUCGAGGAGGACGAAAAGGUCUUACUACAAGAGGUGGUAGCAUGACCGCUGGUCGAAGGAGAGGUCAAAAUAAGCACCUGGAUAUGGAACAGGUGCGGCGAUUGGAUAUGGAGAUGGCUGCUGCCGUUAAUGCAAUGAAAACGCCUGAAAAAGACGAUAAAUCAGAGAGAUUUAGCCCUACUAAGAAUAAGAGACAAGUCAAGACACUCUGUGGAAAGAAAAAGGAAGAAUUGCAGCUUACAGAAGUGUCUCCAUCUGUGUUUCAAGAAUCGCCACCAGCAUAUGAAAAAAUAGUACAAACAACAAAUCAAGUGAAAGCAAAUUUAAUUAAUACCAAUAUGAUUAAAGGUGAUAUGAUAUUGACCAAACCUGGUCAAGGAAGAAGCAAUCAGAAGGUUACUUUUAUUCAAAAACAAGUUCCGAUGAAACCGAAUGAAUUAAAAAAUGUUGGGCUUAAAAAGACCCUAUUGAUUUCUAAGGAAAAGUUUGUAAACCCAGCGGGUACAAAAUUUUUUACGACCAAAGAUGGGAAAUUGCUACAAUUACCAAUAGCGUCUAAAACGAUGAGUUCGAACACACAGGUUUCUCCAGUAAAGGCAGUAUUGACGCAACAACUCGCGUCACAACAAUCUAUGACACAACAACAGAGUGCAAACCAAAGCUCGCCAAUACAGCAACAAUCGAAAACAGUUUUUUCGAUCAGCAACACGCCGAUAAAAAUCAAGCCUAGUGAUAUAAAGAGGGAAAAAAGAAAAUCUGACACCAGUAUAGAAUCAAUUUUGAAGGGGGAAGAAAAUUCCACGAAACCUGUAGAGAUCAAGACAUUAGAUAGUGCGAAGAAGCUUAAAAGAGAUAACCGAAAGGCUCCGGGCGAUACUCUAGGUCCCGCGCUUUUCUCAACACCAGAUAUAAUUCGACGUGUGAGUUCGAAUAAUGACGGGAAAGUUUUAGAUAAUGCUGCAACAACUAUGACUCUGCCUACAUCUUUUGCAACAGCAAUGUCUACAUCUGGAUCGUCAACUGGUUAUAUUUCCACAGCCGUUUCAUUAAAUAUUGGCAUCUCUGCUGCUUCAAAUGUAGCGCAGAAUACUUCUAAUCUUUCUAAUAAGAAAACAAUAUUUAAUACUUCUGAACAGUCUAUUCAACCAGAACCGCAAUUAAACCUCGACGGAAGUAACAGUAGUACAAUGCCAGAAAGCGAAAAUGCACAAAAAUCAGAAACCAAGACGCCUUUGACUGAAGAAUUGCAACCAUCGUUAGAUACAGUUGGAAUCGAAGGAGAAGAACAUUUAUUGGCUACUUUAGAAAUGGAAGCUAGCAAACAUGAAGAAGAAUUACUUGCUGAAGCAUUAUUGCUACAAGAGGAACUUGGAGUUGAUUUAGCUGAACAUUCUACACUAGGUGAUCCCAAGCCACGAGUGAUACCAGAAUCAUUGGCAUCGGGUAGCAUGCUUGUGCCUACAUUAAUAUCACCCGAACAAGAUUCUAAAUCAGCAGAGACAACGUCAACGGCACAAACAAAUGUGUCGAAAGAAACAAGCAAAAAAUCUUCGAAGGACGAUAAAGAGACUAUUCAAAUCGUUCGAGGUAAUCGUGUAAUUAAGUUACCACCUAUCGAAGCACCUGCCACCAGAAGUAAACGGUUGCAAGAAAAAAUCGAGAUGCCACAGACAAAUCCCGAACCUACAAAGAAAGUACAGAAGCUUACUCAGGUAUCAGUUCAACAAUUAGUACAUAACAAGGAUGAAUUCAAAACGGAACAAGUAGUAAAUGAAGAAGAGGAAGAUGACGAAGAUGAUGAGGAGGAUAAUUCAGAUUCGGAAGACGAUCCAGAUCGAUUAUGGUGUAUCUGCAAACGGCCACAUAACAAUCGAUUUAUGAUAUGUUGUGAUGUCUGUGAAGAUUGGUUCCAUGGAAAAUGUGUACAUGUCAGUAAAGCUAUGGGUCAACAAAUGGAGGAGAAAGGCAUUGAGUGGGUUUGUCCGAAUUGUCUAAAAAAGAAAGCCGAAGAAGAAAAGAUAAAAUCGAAUUUGCAAUCACUACUCGGAAAACAAAAAGCAAAAGUCGAAUCAAUGGGUGAAAAUUCAUUAUCGCAAGCUGUAUUACCGAAAGAAAUAUCUCCGUCGAGUUCUUCCAUUGACCAUGGUGUUGCUUCAGCUUCCAGCACAAUGCAAUGUGUUGUUUGUAAGAAAGAAGCCAGAAAUUCUAGCAUUUAUUGUUCAGAUGCGUGUAUUCUUGCACAUGCUCAGGAAACUUUAACUAAGGAUAAACCCGUGCCAUCUGGAUCAAAUAUAAAGUCUGCAAAAUUACCUACGACAGAAACUAUGAAGACAAAACACGAGACUAGAGUAGUAGUCUUUGAUAAAAAAACUGGCGCAGAUGCUCCUCUCAGAUCCAGUUUGCGAACAUGGUUGAAAGAGAAUCCAACUUUUGAAAUAGUAGAGGCUAAUAACAUCAAUACACUUCAAAUAGGCGGAAAGCUCGUCACGCAGAUCCAAACAUCUGGAAAACCUGCAAAAAUUACGCAGAUAUCUCCGGUUAAGGUGCAAAAUAUGCCAAAGACAAUCUAUACCAAGGUAGCUGGAUCAAAACAAACUGUUUUAACAUCCAACAAGAAAAUUACAAUAAUUCCCGCUAUACAACAAGUAUCGUCGGGCAAUAAAUCGGCACAAUUGAAACAGACGAUAAUCACCACGACGCCAGGAAAGAACCCUGUAACAUUGAAAACAUCAAAGAACGUCACACAGACGCAAUUGAAAAUUCAAUCAGCAGGUUCGCCGAAGCAAACGCCGAUUAAGAAGCAAGAAGCAAAGUCAUCACCGUCUCAAUCGAAACAACAAAUUAAGUUAACACCGGUAAAAAAGCCAGAAACGGAACCCAUACGAGUGAAUAUCCGAAAAACGCUGACAGAAUUACUAUCCAGCCGUAUAAAAGAAACUAAAGAUCUGAAACUAACUGACGAGGAAAUUGCCGACUUGGCUUUUAACAUAGAAUUUGAGAUGUACAAGUAUUUCAAGGAUACUGGUUCUAAAUAUAAAGCGAAAUACAGGAGUCUAGUAUUUAACAUAAAGGAUACCAAGAAUCUGACAUUGUUUAGAAAGAUUGCAGAUCGCUCAUUAACGCCGGAUGCGGUGGUGCGAUUAAGUCCGGAUGAGAUGGCCAGUCAGGAAUUAGCCGAGUGGCGCGAGAAGGAGACCAAACAUCAGCUGGAAAUGAUAAAGAAGAACGAACUUGAUUUGAUGGCCCAGGCCAAGUCGAUCGUUGUUAAGACUCACAAGGGUGAACAGAUAAUCGAGAACGAUGGUGGAAUCGAUCACGUUGAUCCUAAAACACCGGUGCAGGAUAUCGUUUCUGCAUUAAAUAACGGCGAUAAUAUAAGUUCCACAGUUGACGAUUUGAAGGAUAAGAAUAAGGAUAAGGAGGAUAAACUAACGGCGCAAAUGGAAACAAAAAAAUCCAAGAACACAGAUGAUCGAAGGAAAAAGGAUAAGGAGAGAGGAAGAAAUCGCGACAGUGCAAAGUCUAAGAGUAAGGAUCGGGAGAGAAGUCACAGUCGGCAUCGUCAUAAUCGGGAUCGAGAUCGUAGCAAGACGCGAGACAAGAGCAAGGAGCGAAAAUCAAACAGGAAUAAAGAGAGCAAGCAUGACAGAGAGCGAGAAAAGGAUAAAGAUCGAGAUCGGAACAAAGAUCGAGACAAGGUGAGUAGAAAGGAAAGCAGGGAGAGAGAGCGGCAGAGAGAAAAGGACAGACACAAGAGUAAUGACAAUCAUUCAAGAAAUCGUAGCGGUAGUAGAGAAUCUAAGGACAUUGAUAAACGGGAAGAGGAACGUAAAAGAGAAACAGAGAAGAAGAAGGAGAUGUCCCCAUCACCUGUGGAAAAAUUGAUAGAAGACCGCCUCUGGCGGCACAUAGAAGAUGAGGCGACUACAAAUACGAUUGAUGGGAACGAUUCCGAUAUAUCAGACAGAGAACCUAGCUCUACUGUUACGAUUAAGACGCCUGAUAUCAAUGAGGAAUCCGAAAGAGACAAAGAGCAGAUGACGGACAAGGAAACAUCAGCGAAGGGCAGUUGGCAGACCGUUUGGCGCGGUUUUGUUAAUAUGGUCGAUGUUGCUAAAUUCUUUAUAACCGCGCAAGAAGUAAGUGGUAACGCCAAGGAUCUUAUCGAUGAUUUACCAGAUACUGUCGACGUUGUCGGUAGGAUCAGUCAUGAGACCGUUUGGGAUUAUAUCUCAAAGAUGAAAAGAAGCGGCUCGAAAGAGAUUCUAAUCAUUCGAUUAACAGCUGCGAACGACGAAGAGAAGAUUCCCUACAUAACUCUGUAUAGUUAUCUGAACAGUAGAAGCCGUUUGGGCGUUGUGGGUAAUGUUUCCAAAAAUAUCAAGGACUUUUAUAUAAUGCCAUUCUCGAAUCAGAGUACGAUACCGCCAGUUCUAAUGCCGCUUAACGGUCCUGGAUUUGAGGAGCACCGACCACAUCUACUUCUCGGCAUUAUAGUUCGCAACAAGAAAAAGCGAUUGUCAGUUGUGUCGACAAUACCUUCGAAAACGUCCAAGACGUCCGAUAGAAGUUAUACUCCGCCGUUGAUCAGCGUGCCAAAGGAGAAGACCUUGUCGCCGUCACCUUCUUCAUCUCCCAUGUUAUACAAAGCGACCACAUUAGACUCGACAAAAGAGAAAGCGCCGGCGGCAGUAACACAAAUGACUCUGGAAUCUUUGAACAAAGCACACAUAGGUAUGUCGCGCGGCGUCAUAGAUACUGCAACGAUAUGCAAGAUUGUGCCGGAAUUAUCAUCAAAGAUUGACCUGACCUCAUCACCCGGUAAAGUCACGUUGGACGAUGACGGAGAUGAGCCAUAUAGUCCUGGUGAGAUGGACGACGAUAUAAAUAAUCUGCAGCCCACUGUUGACAAUACCGCUGGUAUCUUAUCUUCAUCCAGCAAGAAUUCCACAGAGUUACAAAGAAAGAUGGAUGAGUUGAAUCGGCAGAUCGAGGAGCAGAAGCAACAAAUUGAGGAACAGAGGCAACAGAUACAGAACAUUAGCUCGUCGUUUCUCGACGAAGCAACUCCUACUUUGCCGGGUUUAGGACUAGAUCCGCCCACCGACACUUGCGAGGAAGCUUACAGUCCAUCAAACGCGCGAUCUUUCACGCCUCCGCCACCUAUUUCCAAAUUCGCGCAGCCUAUCCUCGAUAAAGUCUCGGACAUUACUAUACCGCCGAAUUUACAAGAGAUUCUGGCGAACGUCAAGCGGCAGGAAUCGUCUAAAGUGGAUCCUUAUCUUCCAUCUAAGCCUGGCGCGUCAUUUUUACCCGCGCUUUAUCAAAACCCGGAGAGAUAUUCGCCUUCGCCCUCUUCCAAGAUUAGCCAAUCAGAGAAAGCGUCGUUAGAAGUUCCCAAGGAGAGCAAGAGUACAUUGAGUACUUUGAGCGAUCUGGAUCUGAUCCGAAAAGCCGAAGAAGAAUUGGCUGCAGUCGCGGCAGUGACGGUAGCGCAAUCUGUAGUACCAGCGCUGCCACCGUCUUCUUCUUCCUCGUCAUCGUCGUCAUCGUCAACAUCAUCAUCGCUCGUUUUAACGCCGCCGCCUGUUGGUUCCGUAAGUGACGUACCGAUAUCGCCUCAGGUUCUGUCGUCACUCCCGCUUUCCGCGGAGCCUGCAUUGGAGGCGAAUAAAUCGUACAAGCCAAGUCCUUCGGAUUCUUUCAAGAAGAAUUUCACUUCCGAGCAGCCGAAGCCACCUGGUCUCGAAGAUGAAGAUUUUCCCAUUUUUCCAUCGACUCCGCCGACAAUAGACGUCUCUAAAAUGACAUCUCACUCAAAAAUUUCAUCCAAAAGUGGUAUUGUGUUGAACGUCAAACGGAAAUUGAGCGACAGUAGUAGCUCGUCGUCACCCACUAGAUUACCGAGGACAAAAUCGCGCUGGGGUCAAAGGCCAUCCGAAUAAGACAAUAUAUAAGAUCUGUUUUCUGUCGCUCAACUGGUAUACACUUUUAGAACUUAAAAGUGAGGUAGCUAUGUUUGGCGAAAGCGAGAAAGAGAGUUUUAGUGCAGUCUAGUACAGGAAUAAAAAACAGACCUAUAAUUGUCGCGGUCUGUGAUUUGCAGUAUGGUGACUUUCCGAGAUAUAUAUAUAUAUAUAUAUAGUCUUUCUACGUUCGCUUUCUACCCAAUGAAUGUUUGUCUUAUACGAAGUGAAAUAAUGUUUCUUUUAUGCAAGGAAGAAAAAUGAGCCAAUAGAACGAUAAACUAUUGAAAGAGUUUUGCUGUAUUUUCAAUAUAGAAGAGAAGGCGAUCUCUCUGUUAUGUAUAUAUCCGUGUGCGUGGAACUUAAUCUUGAUACGAUGAUGAAUGAAAAAGAUGUGAGUGAAAUUAUUAGCAUGAGGGAGGAGGGGGGAAAGAGGGAGAGGAAAAAA